AUGGCGCAUUUUGGGCGAGAAUUGGGGCUGCUUGCGGACGGUUUGAGGUGGUUUGAAGAGGGAAUUCUUCGCUUUACCCAACCUGAGGGAGGUGUUGACCCUGUAGGGGUGAUGAAUGUCUGUGAAGACAUCUGCAGUAGUGAACAGGCAGCUAGGCAGUAACUCACCACACUGGCCCUCACAUAAAAUGAAUGCAGUUGUGUGUGCGUUCAUCAGGUGAACAUGCCCUUAGU